AUGCCUGGUCAACGCAAACGCAAGAACGAUGAUGUCGCCGAUCAGCGAGCGAGUAAACAAGCGCGUACAGCUCCAACUCAGAAGAGCAUCAGCACGUUCAGCACCGUCGGGAAACCCCAUGCCGCCAAUGGCAAUAAGAAGCAAUUGAGAAAGUCUGUCCAAGAGAAAGACCCAGCUCCGUCUCAAGCACAAGUCAAGAAAGUGGAUAAGAAGAGGAAGCGAGUUCAGGCGGCGGCAGACGAGGACGAGGAGGACGUGAUUGUGGUAUCUUCGCGGGCGAUCGCUCAGACCACAGAGAAUCCACACCUAGCCACACCACGCAACAAGCGAGUCAAGAAUCUGGCUCCUCCCUCACCGACCAACACGCCUACUCGAGGCGCCGCUGCGCUUUUCGACAGGCUCAACAUCGAUGCCAAUGCUCGCGCGAUCCCAUGUGCCGUUUCCCAAAAGCAGAUCUCUUACCACACACCUCCACACAGUCCAAAUGAUGAGAAGAGCGGCUUUCUGGCAGAGUUCCCGACAGAGCUCGAGGAGCUCCAAGACCUACAUGCGGCGUUUCUGUCGGCAUUGUCUCUUUACUACUCGCACAACGGAUCUGCCUCUCCCGUCGACAUGCAGACCUUGCUCCCUCAGAUCUCGCAAACCUGGAGAAAACGUAGCGUCAAGCUGGACGACUUGAGGCGUAUAUUGGCUAUCGUGGAGGAGAGUGAUCGGGAUUUCCUCGUCCAGGACUACGGAAGAGCUGGUAUUUGCUUGGUCAUAGCGAAACCGCUUGUAUCCAUCACUGGUCGCCCGGCACUCAACAUCAAUCCACUCACAAUUGGCACGAAGUUUGAGAAUGCUUUGGAGAAGCUUUGGCGAACAUGGCAGAUGAAGACCGCGAAAGAGAACAGAACAGUUGAAGCUUUCAUUGACAGCCUUCCACUCCUCGAUGUUACACAAAACCAAUCCGCGAUCAAGGCCGCUCCCCUGUUCGCACGCGGACAACAACGCCUCGCGGAUCUCAGAGCCAGCCAGACAGCGUCCAAGGAGGCCAGUGUGAAGGUACCAGCAUUGGCUCCUUCGGCUCUACCAAAGUCCCUUCAAGCAACGCAGAAUCGCAGCACGGCUCUUCUGGAUCGUGUCCUCGCGAGACAAAACCUGGCAUCAACUCUACCAGCUGGACCUACCAAGGAUCAGAUGGAACGCAAGGCCGCCCUCCACCGAAUCGAGAAUGUAACGAAGGUGCUAUCUCUUCUCGUGGGCACCAAGGACCGAUUCAUCGUCAGCAUGCCAGCAAUAACUCAACAAAUCCAACAGAGCACUCGUAGCCCCAUCAGCAACGACGAAAUCGAGAGAUGUCUGGGAUUGAUGGCUACUGAGGUGACGCCAGCUUUUGUCAAAGUUGUCGAGAGUGGCGCGGUCAAGGCGGUGGUGAUCACGAGGAGCGGUAAUGUUGGACUGGACGAGUUGAGGGCGAGAGUCGAGGCGUGCUUGUGA